ACAGAACCAGCAGCAAGGCAAUAAUCAGCCAAUUUAAACAGUAAUGUCCACCCUCACAAUCUUGUUUCUCCUCCUCGUUUCUACAGCAGCAGAAGCCCAAACAAGAUCAUCCAACAUCACCGUAGGCUCUUCCCUCACACCCACCUCCAACUCCACCUGGUUUUCCCCCUCCGGUGUGUUCGCCUUCGGAUUCUUCCCCCAUCAUGCCAACACCUACGCUGUCGGCAUCUUUCUUCCCGACCAAACCGUAGUCUGGACAGCAAAUAGGGACACCAAUCCAACUGUCCCUGACGAUGUCGUCUCCCUGCUACUAACCCCCGAGGGCCGGCUAAUCCUCCGCCGUAGGCAAGGCCCAGAUGUAGAGGUCAUCAGCCCCUCCACAACCAUCGCGUCGGCAUCAAUGCUCGACAACGGCAACUUUGUUCUCUACGAUUCAAAUUCAAGAAUCAUCUGGCAGAGCUUCGACCACCCGACCAACACCCUCCUCCCCGGCCAGCGACUAACAUCGGGGAAAGAGCUCUUCUCCAGUGCCUCCGAGACCGACUAUGGGAGAGGGAUUUUCAAGCUGACGAUGCAGGGCGAUGGAAACCUUGUGCAGUAUCCCGUCGACUCACCGAGCUCAGCGCCUUACGCUUACUAUAACACACAAACAAGCGGAGCAGGUGGCAAUGUCUCUCUAGAACUUGACAGUGAUGGCCGGCUUUAUCUGGUCAACGGUAGUUUGCCUCUGAAGAAUAUAUCCAGUGGUGGAUUCCCUACGCAGGGGUCGAUCAAUCUCAUGAGGCUUGAUGUCGGAGGAAUUUUCCGCAUCUACUCUCUGUCUCUCGGUAAUCUUGCCAUGACCAGGAGAUGGUCAUCCAAGCUCAACGAGUGUGAUCCCAAAGGUUUCUGCGGAGACAACUCCUUCUGCAUUCUUAUGGAUAAUAAGCCGGAAUGUCAGUGUCUUCCCGGUUUCGUCUACGUUCAGCCUGGCAACAACACAGCUGGAUGUUCUAGAUACUUCCAAGCGCAGGGCUGCCCCCAAAUUGACGGUAGAUUGAAAUACGAUAUGAGAAAGGUUGAAAACACCGAAUGGGAAGAUAACUCUUAUGGAAAUUUGAAUAUGAUGAUGAGUGAAGAAGAGUGCAGCAAAGCAUGCCUCGAUGACUGCAACUGCGAAGCAGCCUUCUUUAAAGACAAUCAAUGCAAGAAGCAAAGGCUUCCGUUAAGAUUCGGCAGAAGGUCUACGGAAAACUCAAACAUAGCUUUCGUUCGCGUCAGUACAACCACGCUAUCCAACAUGGGAGGCAAUUCCGACAAUACAAGAAUCAUCAAGAAAGAGCGGCGUAUAGACCUUUUAAUCAUCAGCAUUGUGGUUAUGACUAUAGGCAUCUUGGCCUUGUCAGUUUCUGUGAUGCUUGCUCACAAGAAACGGAAGGACUACAACAAGAUCAGCAAGGGAGAUGAAGCUAGCUUUGCGGAGGGAAUUUCGCUGCAAUUGUUCACAUUCGAACAUCUGUCCAAAGCAACAAAUGGUUUCAUGGAAGAGCUGGGGAGAGGAGCAUCUGGUACGGUGUUCAAAGGGGUUCUGCAGCAGAAAAUGGUGGCAGUGAAGAGGUUGGAGAAGGAAUUUGCACAAGGAGAGAUAGAGUUCAAGACAGAGUUGACGACGAUUGGGAAGAUGUAUCAUAGGAACCUAGUCCGGCUCCUAGGUUACUGCUUCGAUGGAGUCAACAAACUGUUGGUGUUUGAGUACAUGAGCAACGGAUCCCUCGCUGACAUACUUUUCAAUCAAGAGAAACAGCCGAUCUGGGAGGAACGGAUGGAUAUCGCUCGAGAUAUAUCGAGAGGGAUAUUGUAUUUGCACCAAGAGUGUGAGACGCAGAUCAUUCACUGCGAUAUAAAGCCUCAGAACAUACUCAUGGAUGGAAACUGGUGCGCAAAGAUAUCAGACUUUGGGCUUGCGAAGCUUCUAAAACAAGAUCAGACUAAAACAUAUACUGGGAUAAGAGGGACUAAAGGCUAUGUUGCACCAGAGUGGUUCCAAAAGCAGGCAAUCACAGUGAAAGCGGAUGUGUAUAGCUUUGGAGUGAUGCUGCUGGAGAUCAUAUGUUGUAGGAAGUGUGUUGAUUCGAGCAAGAAUGAGGAUGAGGCAAUUCUUGAGGAAUGGGUUUACGACUGUUAUGCAACGGGAAAGAUUGAGAGUUUGGUCGGGGACGAGAUGGUGGAGGAGAGGAACGUGGAGAGGAUGGUGAAGAUAGGGAUAUGGUGUGUGCAAUAUGAUCCGUCACUGCGUCCAACUAUGAAGAAAGUUUUGCUAAUGUUGGAGGGAACUGUCGAGAUUCCCAUACCUCCAUGUCCUUCUUCUUUCUCAAGUUCCUUCUAGUUUUACUCAACUACUCAUGUAUCCUUUUACAUGAUAGUAUAUUUUAUCUUUUUCUUUCUAAUAAUGUCAUGCAUCAUGCAUCUCUAAGUUCCAUCUAUAUAUAUCAUAAUGCAAAUCAUGUCGUUUCUCUAAAAUUCAAUAUUAUAAUUCACGUA